UAUUAAAUAUUUAAAUGAAAUAAAAUAUUACCCUCAGAACCGAGACGCCGUGUUCUUUCUGGUUAUCUUCCUCAAUCCGAUCAUCGAUAGGUCUAUUUUUAUUCACCAGAAUAUCUUCUUCGCGAUCAAAGCACAGAUUUUCGAUUUUAGCGGUUAGGCAUGGCUACUCUCAAUGGAAAAGCUUCUUCGUAUUCUCCCCAUCUAAAAUCGGAGAAAGAGAAGACCAAAUUCAAGUAUGAUGAUGAUGAUGAUGAUGGUGAUGAAUAUGGAGAUUCACCUAAAUGGUCUGUUCAGUCAAUCCCCACCAAAAAAGAGCCUGAGUAUCCGACUAUCGACUCAGGAGAUUACGUAGAUGAUGGAUAUGAUUCAGCUGACGAGCUCUCUACGCCCGUUCGAGGAAAUGGAGCCCCUGAAGUAAACUUGAAAAACGUCUUAACCGGCUUGAUCGCCAUUGUUACCGGGCGGAACAAGGACCUUAACGUUUCGUUAGAUCAGAAUAUCCCGUCUUCGAAUGUCUCGUUCCUUGGCUCUAGCAAGAACGGAGAUACUUACCUUCACUCAUCUGUUUACAUACCUAGCGCGCCGCCUCUUCUUGAACCUACCGGGAUUAAUUACAGUGUCUACAAGGACUUGCUUGAAGCCGAACCACCUCAGUGGCUGCCCGACAGCUCAACUACUACCUGCAUGCAGUGUUCAUCUCCUUUUACCGCAAUCACAUGCGGAAGACAUCAUUGUCGGUUCUGCGGAGGGAUAUUUUGUAGAAACUGUUCCAAAGGGAGAUGCUUGAUGCCGAGUAGAUUCCGGGAAAGGAACCCUCAGAGAGUUUGCGAUUCUUGCUACGAGAGGCUUGAUCCUUUGCAAGGUGUCCUCAUUAAUUCCAUUAGUAAUGCCGUGCAAGUAGCAAAGCAUGAUGUCGUGGAUUGGACAUGCACACGAGGAUGGUUGAACCUCCCUGUUGGUCUUUCCAUGGAAGAUGAGAUAUACAAGGCAUCUAAUACGUUGAGAGGUUAUUGCCAGGUAGCAAGAUUAGACCCUGAGAAAUCCAUACCACAUGCAGUUCUUAGCCGAGCUAAAGGUUUGGCAAUCUUAACGGUUGCUAAAGCUGGGGCUUUGCUGUCAUACAAACUCGGUACUGGUCUAGUAAUAUCUCGGAGAUCAGACGGGUCAUGGUCUGCACCAUCUGCGAUACUCUCAGUUGGUCUAGGAUGGGGUGCUCAGAUUGGAGGUGAGUUAAUGGACUUCAUAAUAGUGCUGCAUGAUUUGAAAGCGGUGACGACGUUCUGCAGCAGAAUGCACUUUUCUCUAGGCGCCGGAUGCAGCGCAGCAGCCGGUCCUAUAGGGAGAGUGUUGGAGGCUGACCUUCGAGCUGGUGACAGAGGCUCUGGCGUCUGCUAUACUUAUAGCCGUAGCAAAGGGGCAUUUGUGGGAGUGUCUCUAGAAGGAAAUGUUGUGGCGACAAGACGGGAUAUGAACGUAAGGUUCUAUGGCGAUCCAUACCUUUCGACAUCGGAUAUUCUACUUGGGAUGGUGGAUCAACCUAAAGCGGCUGAACCAUUGUACACUGCUCUCAAAGACCUCUACGCAGGUUUACGCCCGUAAUCUCCAUUCACAUUACAAGCUACUCUUUUGUAUAUAAACAUUUUCUCUAUGUUCAAGAAAAAAAAAAAAAACAUUUUCUCAGAUUCGUUUCAUUACAACGAAGUGUACAUGUACAUAUCAUACCUUUGCUGCACCAAGGUUUUAGCAUUUGUUAGUCUUAUCCAGGUUUGUUUACCUUU